AUGAUCGAUCGUCUAAUUAUAGGUUUGGCAAUAUUGUUAAUGGUUGGAAAUAAUUAUGCCUUUGACAUACCUCAAGCACUAGAGAUUCCGAUUGAGAAAGAGUUUAAAUUAACUUAAACAUAAUUCAAUUUAUUGUACAGCAUAUUUGCAGUUCCAAAUAUAGGAUUAUCAAUUGGAGGAGGUAUCAUGAUAGAUAGAAUGGGAGGAAGAUGGGGAGUAUAAAUUAUAAAAUAAUAGGUAUUUACAUUUUCAUUAAUGCUUGGAUUAUCAUAAUUGUUUAUAGCAUUUGGUGGAUGUUAUUAAAAAUAUUACAUGAUGUUAGUAGGAAGAGCAAUAUUUGGAAUAGCAAGUGAUCUAUUGCAUAUAGCAGUAUUUAAAGUGAUUGCUAGAAGAAUGCCACAUUGUUUAGGAACAGCAAUGGGUUUGAUUUUAACAGUUCCAGAGUUGGCAGCAGCAUUGAAUUCUUUUUUAUCACCAUAUCUAUUUGAAAAAACUCAUUCUUUAGAGUUGCCUUUACUUUUUGGAUUAUCAUUGUGUAUAUUGGUAUAUUGAAUAAUCCUAAGAUUAUAGUCAUUUUUAUCUGGAUUACUAUUGAUAUAUUUAGAUACAAAAUAUGAUGCAUGUUUAGCAGAAGAACCAGAUGAAGAGGUUUCAUUAUCUAAAUGUAAUUGAUCAAACUAAAAUAGUUAAGCUUACUAAACCAUUUGUUAGGAUGAGUCUAAUAACAACAUUGAUGUUAGCAGCUUAUGUUCCAUUUUUAGAUAAUGCUAAUAAAUUUUAUCAUGAGAGAUUUGGAUUUAGUAUUAUGCAUGCUGGUAGAAUAGUUACUGUUGGAUAUAUUGUAGCAGGUAUUAUAAUAUCUAUAUAAAAAUUAGCUAUCUCAUCUCCAAUUAUUGGAAAAAUUAGUGACUCUUUUUCUCAUAAACGCUAAGUACUUAUUGUCAUAUCCACUUUAAUGUUCUUUUUAUCGCAUUUACAAUUGUAUUAUAUGCCUCAUUCUACUCAUCCCAACUAUAUGUCAGUUUUCGCGUAAUUUAUAUUUUCUAACUAUGUGAAGUUUGAUAACUUUGGGAUUGUCUUAUGCUUGCUAUUCAAGCAUUCUGAUGCCUGCAUUACAAUCAACUGUUCCUGAUAAUAUGUUAGGUAUUUUUAUUUGUUUUAUUAAGAGCUACUGCUUUGGGAAUAUUGGGAAUCAUUGAAAAUAUCUGUAUGGCAACAGUUCCUAUGCUAUCAGGAUUUGUAUACACUUUUUUAAAGGGAGAGAAAGAUAGAAUGAGAGAUGUUGAUAUUAUUUAUUUAGUAUUAGCAGGAAUUGGGGUUAGCUUAUCCAUAGGAGCAUUACCAUCUUAAGGAAAAGAUAUUAAAUAUUAAAAAGAUGCAAUUAAACAGUUGCAUUAAUAACCUGAAGAAAAUAACAAUUUAAUUUGA